AUGAAGCUGUCUAUCAUUCUUGCCUUUCUCCCAGCCAUUCUGGCAGCCCCUACCAGCACUCCAGAUGAUCCGGAUGCUAUUGGCAACAAGUACGUUGUCAAGUUCAAGGAGGGCAUCGUGAACAUUGAUGAAGAUGAUGUGAUACGCUCUAUAAAGACUAAGGCUGAUUUCUUCUACGAAAACGUCUUUACCGGCUUUGCGGGUCACCUCACCGCGGAGGAACGCGCAGCUCUUCUUGCUCGUCCCGAUGUUGAAUAUAUAGAGAGAGAUGCCGUGGCGCACCUCGACGGUUUUGUUGAGCAGGAGGGAGCACCCUGGGGACUUGGUCGUAUCUCCAACCGCCGGAGAGGAAACACAACCUACAAAUAUGAUGCCAGUGCUGGUGCUGGAACCUGUGCUUACAUUAUUGACACUGGUAUAGAGGAUAACCACCCCGAGUUUGAGGGCCGCGCCACGCUUAUAAAGAGCUUUAUUCCUGGCCAAGGCAGCGAUCUCAAUGGUCAUGGAACUCAUUGCGCCGGCACAGUUGGUAGCAAGUCGUACGGUGUUGCUAAGAAGACCAAUAUUUACGGUGUCAAGGUCAUAAAAGAUGACGGAUCCGGUAGUGCUUCUACAGUAAUUGCAGGCAUGGACCUCGUUGUUAAAGAUGCUAAGACGCGAAGCUGCCCCAAAGGCGUUGUCGCCAGCAUAAGCUUGAGGUUUGACCGCAGCGAUGCUGUCAAUGCGGCGGCCGCUGCCAUGGUCAGCUCUGGAAUCUUCCUCUCCGUCUCUGCUGGAAAUUCGAAUGCAGAUGCUGCCAACCAAUCCCCUGCGUCUGAGCCUUCUGCUUGCACUGUUGGUGCUACCACCUCCGAAGACGCCCGAUCACCGUUCUCCAACUUUGGUGCUAUCGUCGAUAUCUUCGCUCCUGGUAGUGCCGUUCUGUCCACCUGGAUUAUGGGUGGCAAGAGAACACUCUCCGGUACUUCCAUGGCUUCUCCCCAUGUUGCCGGCCUAGCUGCCUAUCUAGCCGGCCUUGGAGGUGACUACAAUUGCAGUCAUAUCCAGAAACUAGCCGUCAAGGACCGCCUUUCGGGACUCCCCCCCGGCACUGUCAAUCUUCUUGCCAACAACGGUGCCAGUGUUGAAUAG